UACCUGACUGUGUUGAAACCUGUGGUCGGGGAGUGUGCUCUGGUUGGCAGUCUAACGCUGCAGCGCAGGUUUCCGAGCUGCGCAGGCCAGGGGCCCCAGUGCUGCAGGUUGUCCGGUAGGGUGCCUGUCGAGCUACACAACACGCUGUUGAUGUCAGGAGAGGAGAAGGGGGGGAAACGUGAGGAAUGGCUGAAAACUGACGGUGCUCUCCUGCAAGGAAACAAACCAGGACGCAAAAUAUCGUAUUGUGCGUUUCAAGCUUGUGAAGGGUCAGGCUUUUAGCGACGCAUUAACAUGUAUUGCGCAUAGUUGUUGUGUUCGCUAUUUAAUGGGACAGCGAAAACGCAAAAAAAACGCAAGGUAGGCUGCCGCUUCUGUCGCCAGCAGAGCUACUUUAUGGACUAAUACGACAUAAACAGGGCUGGGAAAUGUUUCACAGCAAGGUAACGUGCUCGUCCUCGAUGGCUGUGCGAGGCUUUUAAGCUAGCUGUGCGCUCAUGUUCGCGUUUUUGGUCGGACUUGUGAGUAUGCGUUUGUUUUGGGGACGUUAAGAUUGUUUUAAAAAAAAAGAAGCGACGGCUGGGCUUCAUCCCUUCUUCAUGCCUCAACCGACCCGACCACAUGAGAAGUCGACGUCCGGGGUAGAAUAAACCGCAAACAAAGGCCCCCUUCUUCUUCUUCUUCUUCUUCUUCACCGCUUCCACCUGAACCGACAGGGAAACGGGGGGGAAAAAAACAAAAACAUGCGUGUGGAUUUGUUUUGGAUAUGUUUGUGGUGCUUCAUUCGUCCAAGCGCCUCCGGUCAAGGGCAGUCGACGGCCGUGUGUUCGCCCUCAUGCAGCUGCGAUGAAGAUGGGGGAGCAGACUGCUCGGGGAGAGGACUGACCACCGUCCCAACUGGGCUCAGCACUUUCACCUACUACCUUGACCUGAGUAUGAACAACAUCACUGAGCUUCCAGCAAAUGUAUUUAAGAAGUUCCCCUACCUAGAAGAACUACGACUUGCUGGGAAUGACCUGACAUUCAUCCACCCUGACGCCCUGUCUGGUCUGCAUCAGCUCAAAGUCCUGAUGCUGCAAAAUAAUCAACUUAAAUCUGUCCCCAAUGCAGCGUUGAAAAGCCUUCACUCGCUCCAGUCUCUCCGCCUGGAUGCCAACCACAUUACAACCGUUCCUGAUGACAGCUUCGAAGGUCUCCAACAGUUGCGCCACCUGUGGCUGGAUGACAAUCACCUGACAGAAGUCCCUGUCAGCUCCUUGAGACACCAGUCAAAUCUUCAAGCUCUGACUCUGGCACUCAACCGGAUCUUGUAUAUACCAGACAACGCCUUUGGAAAUCUGACUAGUCUAGUUGUGCUGCAUCUUCAUAACAACCGAAUUACGGAGAUAGGAGCCAACUGUUUCGUUGGAUUGGUGAACCUGGAGACACUAGAUCUUAAUUUUAACAACUUGAAGGAGUUUCCUAAAGCAAUAGAGGCUUUGCCCAAACUGAAAGAACUUGGGUUUCACAGCAAUGAUAUUGCUGCCAUUCCAGAAAGGGCCUUUCAUAACAACCCCAUGCUGCGAACCAUACACUUUUAUGACAACCCUCUGUCAUUUGUGGGAGCUUCAGCUUUCCAAAAUCUCUCAGACCUGCGCUCUCUAAUGUUGCGUGGUGCCAGUUUGAUGAAGGACUUCCCCAUCCUCACAUGGACUAACAAUCUGGAUAGUCUGACCCUCUCAGGUACCAAGAUAUCAUCCAUACCUGCUGAUCUGUGUGAAGAUCUCAAAUUCCUUCAGACACUUGACCUGUCCUACAAUGAGGUGAAGCAGUUACCGUCCUUCCAGGGCUGCAGCCGGCUGCAGGAGAUAAGCUUCCAGCACAAUCACAUUCAACAAAUUGACAGAGAUACUUUUCAGGAUCUCUCAGCGCUCCGUUUGCUAGACCUGAGUAGAAACGAAAUUCGAGUUAUCCACAAAGAUGCUUUCCUCAGUCUCACUGGACUCACCAACUUAGAUCUGAGUAUGAACUCCCUGUCUGUGAUUCCGACAACUGGACUGAGCGCCGUCAUUCAGCUGAAACUUUCAGGAAACCCACAGAUGAAAAAUGUUCUUCCUGCAAAAAACCUGCCAAAACUCAGGUCCAUCUCUGUCCCUUAUGCCUACCAAUGCUGCGCGUUUAUUGGGUGCGACUCAGUGACGAGGUCUUCUGAGCAAACAGACAUGAAGAAAUCCACAGGUGUAGAAGAUGGUGAGCAGGUCUCAAUGAUAAUGCAUUGUUCACCUUCGCCAGGAGCCUUCAAGCCUUGUGAGCACCUCUUAGGGAACUGGAUGAUUCGUCUGACAGUGUGGUUUAUCUGCCUGGUGUCGCUGGUCUUCAACAGCCUGGUGCUGGUGACCACCUUCUCGCCCGCUCAUCAAGCCGCUGGUUAUUCCCUCUACCUGACUCCGUCUUUGUCACCAGCCAGGCUGCUAAUGGGUUUGCUGGCCCUGGCCAACCUGCUCACUGGCCUGUAUGUCGGCAUUCUGACCGUGCUCGAUGCGGCAACGUGGGGAUCCUUCGCUGAGUUCGGCGCGUGGUGGGAGAUGGGUCCCGGCUGUCAGAUCACCGGAGCUCUUGCUGUGUUCUCUUCGGAGUGGUCGGUGCUGCUGCUGGCGCUGGCAGCUGUGGAGCGCAGCAUGGCGGUACGGAUGAUCAUAGGAAAAGUGCUGAUGUCGCCCAGGAGGAAUGGCAGCAGCCAUCGCAGGUGUUUCAGAGGUUACCAAUGCUUUGGCCUGGCUGCGGGGCUGCUGGGGUUGCUGGCGGCGGCCGGAGCAUGUCUGCCUCUUCUGACCUUCAGGGACCAGUCGUCUUCUCCUCUCUGCCUGCCGUUCGCUGGUGGGGAGAGUCCGGCUCUCAGUGUCACUGUCACUCUGGUCCUGCUCAACGCCCUGGCUUACCUCUUCACAGCUGCAGUUUACACCCAGCUCUACUGCCACCUCGGCAGGGUGGAGCUGGCGGACCCAGAGCAGACCGGCGCCCUCCGUCAUGUCGCCUGGCUCAUCUUCACCAACUGCAUCUUCUUUUGUCCCGUCGCAGCUUUUUCCUUCGCCCCUCUCCUGACCGGCUCAACAGCUGGUGGCCCAGAAAUUGCCAAGUCCGUCACCCUCAUUUUCUUCCCCCUCCCCGCGUGCCUGAACCCGGUGUUGUAUGUGUUUUUCAGCCCAGCCUUCAAAGAGGACUGGUUAAGGCUGCGCGGUCACAUGGGUUUGACACAAGAGGUGAAGGCCGGCACUGAAAGCGGCUGCGACGAUGGCGGUGGAGGGUCUGAGCUCACAGACGAGGGAUCCUUCUCCCACCUGGGCUUUGACUGUGGUGUGUACUCUCAGCUUUGUGGAGAGACUGUGUGCGAACAGUGCGAGGCAGCCCUGCGUGCCCGGACCUGCUCUUCCCCCUCAGCCUCGUCGGUCUGCAGACAUUUAGUGAAGUCUCACAGCUGUCCCACCCUUCUGGCUGGAGCCGCGAUAUGCCCGCGCUCCGAGGGGUUCUGGGCAGACAGCGACACGCCCUCUGCUCAGUCCGAGUACGCUGAUGAGGGGGACUCUUUUGUUUCAGACAGUUCAGACCAGGUUCAAGCCUGCGGCAGAGCCUGCUUCUGCCAAAGCAGAGGACUUCCUCUUGUACACUACUCAUACAACAUACCUCGAGUCAAAGACUAAGGAUGCCUCAUUGCUCCAGUAUGUCAAUGUGCACAGAUAUGUCUGUCAUGUGAAUUUAGAUUCUUCAAUAUUAUGUAAUUUUUAUAUAUAAAUAUGUAUGUCAGAUACAUAUAUAUAUGUCAGAACAGAAAAUGUGCCAACUACCUUUGCAAUUCAUCAAGCACUUAUGUUUGUAAUUACUGUUAGCAAAGAUGCAACCAAUCAUUGAAAGGGAAUUUCCAGCUGAAAGAUCAUUUCUAGAUGAAAUGAACUGAGUACUUCAUGUUACAAACUGCUCAACUAAAGAAAAUCUGACCACCGGUGCCUGCCUGCCUCUUGCGAUCAACUGACAUGAUGAUGAUGAUGAUGAUAACGACGCAAGCUAAAGGGGGUCAAAGAUGUAAUGAUUUUUUGUGUAUGUUCUGUACUGAUAAGCUUUGUUAAUGUAUCAUGCAUCAAGUUUUAACAUGUUUCCACAGCAAGUUUAUUUUUUUAAUUUGAUGAUUUUAUAUAUAAAUGUAGCAAAUGUAAUAAUCAUUGUUAGAUUUUUUUAGGGUUUUCUUGUGUGUGUGUGUGUGUGUGUGUGUAGCUGUGAAUGUUUAAGGUGAUCCAGGGUUCCGACACAUUUUCCAGGUUGAGAUGAGAUUGGAAAACCAAAAUAAGAAAAGUAAUUGUGUUUUCCAACUUCUCUUUCCCAUUUUCUAAAAAUUGAGUUCUUUCUUAUAUCCUUCCCACUUUGUGUCCAUCUUUUCUUCAUUGUGUCAUUUCCUUCCCUACACACUUAUGUCCUUCAGUCUCUGUCUUUACCUUUUGUACCAUAUCUAUCCUCAUUUUCUUUUUUUUUCUACCUUUUAUUGUCUUAUACCUCCCUUCUUUUCUUCCUUUAUUGUCACCUUAUGACCUUCACCUUUCCUCCUUUGUCUCUUUUCCUACAUUUCUCUUUUUUCAGUGAAAUUCAAUAUUACAUAGAAAAGAACGCUGGAAAGUUGAGUCUCUUAAACGAUCAAUGUGUUGGAACCCUGGUGUCUUUCACCUUGUGAGAGUUGAAUGAUUUAGCAUCGAUAACUACUAGCCAAUGAGCACGUGAUUGUCACACACCGGCGCAGGAAUGGUAGAGGUCAGUCUGUAAGAAAAAAAAAAAGUCUUUUGCUUUAACCUUCUCAUACUAAGAAUGUGAUAAAAGUAGCAGAUAUCACUGUUUUAACAACUGUGUGGUCGCUUUGACACGUGUUAUUUAUUGUUUAAGCAGACAGUAGUGUUUGGGUGGAGGCGGAUUUGUGGUGGCCUCUGAAUAAUAAGUCUUUAUAAUCCAAGCAUUCACCAAAACAGCGCCUUUCUUUUUAUUCCUGUCUUUCAUUAGGUCAAAUUAGGAAAAUCUCACCUUCUUUAAAACUGAACUUUUUCCCCUGGUUUUUGUCAUUCUGUUGUUUUUUUUUGUUUUUUUUUUCUAUUUCCAGACUAUGUAAUGAAAUAGUGUUGCAUAGACUGUAUCUUCUGUCUAUUUUGAGCCUCGUUAAAUAAUCCUUGCCAGUUAUGGUACAAUUCAGUUUAAUUAAGUCUCCAUCCAAGUUAAACUCACGAAUGAGAUGAACUUUCUGUGCUGGUUAACGACUGGCAACCAGCUGAGUCAGCAAGAAGGUAUGGAAAACUGCUCCUACAUAUAUCCACAUUUUUUUGUGGCUUGAAAUGCAUACAUUAUGGUAAGAAAUGGUAAAAUAUGGUAUGAGGUAACAUAUUUAUUCUCCUGUCAAGUUCCAUUAUUGGUGAUUUCUUACUGUAUCCUUAAUUAGUUUUUUUUAUGUAUGUGACAAAAAGAGCAUUAUUGUAUUACAAAGUGAAUAAAUGUAGAUGUCUUUUCAUCCUUACCUGGUUGAGACUGGGCGUGACAGACUCUGACGGAUGUUUAGUGUGCUCAAGCAUGACUGCACGCAUUGAGGUGGUUACACCCUCGGAGCAUGUAUCCACAAGCGCACGCCAUGUGAGUGCUCAGGAAUUCAGGCAAUGUAGGGAACUGCUCUCCUCCAGCACCGAGACGUUCUCACGUCUUCUUUAGGCUCCAGUCUGCGUUGAAUUUGAUUAUUAUAGACACAUCUUACAACAAGACACAUUGAUUCUUGCAUCAACCAAAAUGUCUGGUUUGGUUUUGCCAUCUGAUCUCCUGUCUACUGAAAAUGUACGAAUCUUUCAGUGGUUUAUUUUUUUUAAUAUAUAUAUUUUUAAUGUAAAUUAUUUGAAAAGGAAACUCAAGAAUGGGAUGCUUGCUAAGGAAGCUACCUCCUCGGUUGUUGAGGCUGCCAGCAGUGCUUUGUAAAAGAGAGUGUUUUUAUUUUUCACUGUUUGCAUCCUCAGCUUUAUGAUGUUAACCUUGGCUGUGCAUCAUUUUAGUAAUGUACAAGUUGUGGGAGGAAUCUAUGUACUGUAUACUGUGAUUUUUUUUUCCUGUUUCUUAACCAAAUCUUAAAUAGGGCCUUUUUUUUUCUCUCAGAUACAAAAUUACAGAAUACAUAUUAGCUGAAAUAUUUUACAUUAUUUCUGUUCAAUUUGAAUCUUACUUGUAGUUUUGUGUCAAAUCUCCCUGUGUUUUUUCUUUUCAAAUAGGUAAAUGAUUUCUUUAAAUUGUGAAUGAAUAAAAUUGAAAAA